AUGGAGGGCUUCCUACUUGACCUUGCAAAGAAUGAAGUCCAAAGUUUAGUGAAUCUAGUGAAAAAUGAAGUUCAAUAUUUAUGUUGUUUCAAUAGUUAUGUUGAAAUUUUUGAUCGGGAAAAGGAAAAACUAGUUGCAAAGCAUCAAGAUAUGAAGAAAAAGUUUCAAAGAGGCAAAGGUGUUUUCAGUUUCAAGCUUGAAGCACAGCAAUGGGAACACGAAGCAAAUGGCAUCAUUAAUAUAGACACUAAAAUAAAGAAGAAGUUCUUUUUUGGCCGGUGUCCUAAUUGCUUUUGGAACUAUCAAAGAGGAAAGGAGUUAGCAGAGAAGACCAAGCAGAUUGAAGAGUUAUUGGAAAGAUGUAACUCUAACAUAGUAGCUAAUCGAGCAAACAUAUCAAACCUAAAAUGCCUUGCUUCACAAGAUUUCAUUCAUUUUAAGAGCAGAGAAUCAAAGUUUGAAGACCUAAUAAAGGGAUUCCAAGAUGGUAAUUGCAAUAUGAUGGGAUUGCAUGGGAUGGGCGGAGCUGGCAAAACUUCAAUGGCAAAAGAAGUAGGUCAUAAGCUAAAAGAAUGUAAAGUAAUUGACAAAGUCAUUUUUCUUGUUGUGUCUAAGCCUCCUGAUUUUAAAAAGAUUCGAGGCGAUCUUGCAAAAGGUUUAGAUUUGGAUUUAAAGGAAGUGAAAGAAGAAGAACUCUCAGAUAGAAUAUUGUCCAAAAUCACUAAGAUGGAAGAAAGCUUGCUUAUAAUAUUGGACGAUGUGUGGGAAAAGUUUGAUUUGAUUGAAAACUUGGGGAUUCCAUCUGACUAUCAACACAAGGGCUGUAAUUUAUUAAUAACCACAUGUAGUUUAAGAGUUUGUACAGAAAUGGGAGGCCAAAUAAUUGAACUGCAGACUUUGAAUGAUAAAGAGGCAUUGGAUCUUUUUAAAGUACAUGCAAGUAUUAAUAAUUCCUCCCGUGGUUUGAAGGGCAUGCCAGAAAAAAUUGUCAAGCAUUGUGGAGGAGUACCAGUUGCAAUUGUAGCGAUUGCACGAGCUUUAAGACAUCAGCCUCUGAUACUUUGGAAGGAUGCUUUGAAAACAUUAGAAGAUGGUGGUGACACUACGGAAUUGCAAGAUGCUUAUAAAUGUUUGAAGUUAAGCUAUGAUAACUUGAAAAAUGAAAAGGCUAAAGAAUUGUUUUUGAUAUCUUCUUUGUUCCCAGAAGAUUUUGAAAUUCCAAUAAAACUUUUAACCACAAUCGGUAUAGGAUUAGGUUCUUGGGGGGGAAAUGAAAAAUACUGUUCAAAAAGAAGUGUUGUGCAUGAAGCAAUAAUGGAACUCAUGGAUUGUUCUUUAUUGUUCAAUGGUAUAGAAGAAUGUGUAAAAAUGCAUGAUUUAGUUCAUGAAGUGGCAUUGUGGAUAGGAAAAAAAGAUAUUCAAUCUAUCAUGCAUUCAAAACUGGCUAUAAUCAAGAACCUAAGAUAUUUGCUUUGGAAGGGUGUUAGUUUUCUUAAUGAAUUUGAUGGAACAAAAUUGGAGGUUCUAUCAAUCAUUCAAGAUGGUAAUGAUUUUGAAGUCCCAAAUACAUUCUUUACGGAGAUGAGAAGGCUCAAAGUAUUAAUUUUAUCUAGUUACCUUGGUGCAAUUCCCUUUUUUUCAAAUUAUGGUGUUCAUAAAAUUCCAGCUCUAUCAUUGACAAAUUCACUCCAAUCAUUAAAGGAUAUUCGAACACUCAUCUUAAAAAGUUUGGACUUAGGUGACAUUUCUAUCUUAGGAAACUUGUUGAGUCUUGAGACUCUUUGGUUUUUGUGUUGUUCAAUCAUUGAAUUACCAAGAGAUUUUGUGAACCUAAAGAAGUUGAGAUCAUUGUGGCUAAAAGAAUGUAAAAUUGAAACGAAUAAUCCUUUUAAAGUGAUUGAAAGAUGCUCAGAACUGGAAGAAUUAACUUUCAUUGCUAAUGAGUUUGAUGCCAAAGAAAAAGAUGAAAUUUCUCAAAAUGGAUCUCCUCUUACACUACAUAGAUAUCAAAUAUCUUUCGGUGACCUUUCUUCUUACCUUGAAAAUUAUGGUUCCAUGCUAAGAUAUUUUCAAGUAGAUGAUUUGAGGCAUUCAAUGUCAGAAGCAACAUUUAAGCAUCUUGUGGGAAUAGCUGAACUUCUUAUCUUUGAUGAAAGCUGUACUAGAACAAUAUGGAAAAAUCUUAUUCCUGAUAUUAUUCCAAUAGACAAGGGAGGCAUGAUGAAUGAUUUGAUUACUCUUCAUUUGGGAUCUAUGUCCAACUUCCAAUGCCUCAUUGAGAUUGAAAAUCAUAAUUAUGAUGUGAGUGCUUUCUCUAAUUUGGCUGAACUACAUCUUUCUAAAAUGGAUGUUGAAGAUUUAUAUCGAGGUUCUUUGCCAUCUGGUUUUUUGGAGCAGCUAGAGAUUCUGACGCUGGUGGAUUGUCCUAAAUUGAAGAACGCAUUAUUUAAUGGCAACUUAAAACUAGAUAAUCUGAAGUCCUUGGAAAUGAGAAAUUGUCCGUUGUUGACAUCAAUAUUCCAACCAUCCACCGCUGAAACUCUGAUGAAAUUGGAAGAGUUAGCGAUUGAACACUGCAAUGCAUUGGAAUACAUAAUCACAGAUACAAGUUCGGGAGGGGAAAGAAUGAAUGAUGAUGGUGAGAAAGAUCGAAAGAGAUAUGACUCACUAUUCGAAAAACUAAAAACUCUUCAAAUUUCAGGUGUACCAAGUUCAAUUGGAACUUUCAGGGAAUAUCACCACCCAAUGAGUUCAUCAUUGCAAAAACUAUCAUCUACACUUUCAGCAAAUAAUUCUAAGGAAACACUUCAAAAUCCUACUACAAGUGCUUUCUCUUGGGUACAAGCGUGUUGUUUUCGAAAUAAACCGUGGGCCACAAGUGGAGAAGAGACCAGUUUUGCUGAUGAUAGCAAGAGAUUAGUCCACCACACAAUCUCACAGGAAGUAUCAGAUGCAUCCACAGAUGGAGUUCCUCCUUUUCAUGCAGCUCAAAGCCUUUUGGUGACAUCAUUGAAGAAUGUUACGGAAAUAGAACCUGUGGAAUGUGGGAACUUAAUAUCAUUGUCAACUCUAUCUGCUGCCGCCUCAGCAAUCUCAUUGGAAAAUUUGAUUAUCAGUGACUGUCAUAAACUGAAGUGCAUCACAACACAUGAGGGAGACGAUCAAGUUGAUGAUAAUAAUUACUGUUCCAUUUUUCCAAGAUUAGAGAAUCUGCAAAUUGAGGAUUGCAAGGAGUUAGAACUUUUAUUUACAUCAGCGAUAUCUGGAGGGCUUGAAAAAUUGAAGACUUUGACUAUCUUGAACGUUCCAGAACUAAAAUAUGUUGUUGGGAAGAACAAUGAGGAGCAACAUUCAUCUUAUCAGAAUCAGCAUGAUGAGCUGCAUUUCAAUCUUCCUUCUUUAAAGACCUUUUUCAUUGAAUAUGCACCUAAGAUCAACAGCAUUUGUGCCAAGAAUUAUAAAUUGGUUCUGUCAUCUCUUCAGAAACUUGAUCUAAAUGAGUGUAGCAUCAAAUCUUUGAAUGAUUUGACGAGUUGUUCAUAUGAAGAGCAAGUGAAUAGGAAAACUACAAAGUGCAUCACAGCACAUGAGGGAGAUGCUCAAGUUGAUAAGAAUUACUGUUCCGCUUUUCUAAGAUUAGAGAUUCUGCAUAUCGAGUAUUGCGAGGGGUUGGAGUGUUUAUUUCCAUCAGCAGUAUCAGGAGGACUUAAAAAAUUGAAGUUUUUGACUGUCAAAAAAUGCCAUAAACUGAAGUGCAUCACAACACAGGAGGGAGAUGCUCAAGUUGAUAAAAAUUACUGUUCCAUUUUUCCAGGAUUAGAGAAUUUGCAUAUUGAGGAUUGCAAGGAGUUAGAACUUUUAUUUACAUCAGCGAUAUCUGUUGGACUUGAAAAAUUGAAGUCUUUGACUAUCAGGGAAGUUCCAGAACUAAAAUAUGUUGUUGGGAAGAACCAUGAGGAGCAACAUUCAUCCUGUCAGAAUCAAAAUGAUGAGCUUCAUUUCAAUCUCCUAGCUUUGGAGACCCUCUGUAUGUAUGACGCACCAAAGUUUAACAACAUUUGCACCGAGAAUUAUAAACUGGUGUUGUCAUCUCUUCAUAAUGUUAAUAUGUGGCAUUGUGGCAUUAAAUCUUUCACUGAAUAUAAUUUGGUGAACUGGAGAACAACAGAGGGAUUAGAUGCAUCCACAGAUGGAGUUCUUUUUCAUGCAGCGCAAAGCCUUCUGAUACAAUCAUUGAAAAAUAUUAGGAAAAUGAUACUUGUGGAUUGCAAGAACUUAAUAUCUCUACCCAUUGCAUCAACAAUUUUGUUGGAAGAUUUGACAAUCAAAUAUUGUGAUCAGCUGAAGUGCAUUGCCGCAGAUGUGGAAGAUGCUGGAACUCAAAUGAACUACAAUUCCAUCUUUCCAAAGUUAAAACAUUUAGAUGUUUCACACUGUGAUGCCUUGGAAUAUUUACUCCCAGUAUAUGCUUUUAGAUCUCCUAUAUAUUUGGAAUGUUUGAAAAUAGAUGGGGCUCCUAUGCUGAAAUAUGUGUUUGGAAAAAGCCAACAUGAAGACAAUUUAACUCAUGAGAAUCAAAAUAUCCGAACUGAUCACGUUGAUUUCCCUGCUCUAAAAGAUCUUUCGAUUCGGGAUGUGCCAAAACUUGCGAUUGAGAUGAACUGGCAAACUUUAGAAUCUCUCAGUGUUUGUGACUCCAAAACAGAAGAAAUUUUUAAUUUGAGACAUAUGGAUAUGGAGAAAAAUGGGAAAGCACUUGAACCAUUGACAUCAAGCUUACAAUCAUUGUACUUGAAUUGUCUAAGUGAGUUGGUGAAUAUAUGUGUGGGGCCUAAACACAUCAUCGGCUUCCAUAGUCUUCAGCGGCUAAGCAUUACUAAAUGCAAAAAGCUUAAAGUUAUUUUCUCCUCACCUAUAUUGAAAAGCCUACCAACGUUGAAAUAUCUAAAAAUAUCAGAAUGUGAAGAAUUAAUGCACAUUAUUGAAGAAGAUCGGGAAACAAAUGGCGAUGAUAGCUUGCAUCAUGAACCAUGCUUUCCCAAAUUAGCGAUUGUCUCUGCUGAGAAUUGUCACAAACUGAAGUCCCUGUUCUCUAUCACAAUCUCUGAUACCCUUCCAGACCUGUUUUAUUUGAGUAUAGGGAAAGCCUAUGAACUUGAGCAUGUACUAAUAAGAAGAGGUGAGAUGAAAGAGAUUGUCAUGAAAGAUGUUCUUCCACAACUACGAAAUUUGAGACUAGUAGAGCUUCCAAACCUCAUUAGUGUCUGCUAUGGGAUCGAUUUUCGACUUUUGAAAGAAGAUUAUGGAAUGCAUGUGGAUGAUUGUCCCAACUUUUCUUUUUACGAAACUUUGACUAUUCAGCUUCCACAAGAUCCUGAAACUGUAGAUUCUAAAGCAGAGGAGAAGCUAUUGUCACAUCUGAGUGGUUUAGCAUCCCCCACGAAGGAUAUUCAGGAAGCAACAGAGGAAAUCAUUGAAGAGGAUUUUAUUUCUGAAAUGGCAAAAACAACAAUUUUAUCAUCUGAUACAAAACUCAUGGGACAACUUGAUGACGAGAUUGCUGGAAAAGAAGUGAAAAAUGAAACAAACAUGAUGGAUCCCCUACAACUAACAAUUGGCACUCCAAACUUCACAGAGUUGCUGGAAGAAAAAUAUGGAAUUUGA